AUGUGGAUGGCCCUUCUGGUGCUCGUGGUCACGGCGACCCUGUUGUCGGCCAAGAUCCCAGGCGCUCCUUUGAUUGGCAUCGUCUUGGGAACUGUCGUCUGCUGGAUCGAGGGCUGGGUGAAUGGCGUGGAGGGCUCCGUCUUCGGCUACCCUUUCGGGACCGAGGGCGAUAGGUCCGCCAAGGACUUCCACAUCUUUGUGCCUCACGGCGUCGUCGCCAGCCCUCAUCUCUCCGGCCUGACCGGCGCACUUUUCGAAGGUUUCGACUGGGCUUUCCACCCGGAGACAAGCUCAACGUUUUGGACGGCUGUGGCGACUUUCUGCUACACAGACCUGCUCGAUUCCUCCGGCACUUUCUUCGCAGUGGCGAAGGUCGCAGGGCUCACAGACGCGCGAGGCAACCUGCCCCUCGCGCGCCAGAACAUGGCAUACCUGGCCGACGCGCUCUCAAUGAUGAUCGGCUCUGUUCUGGGCGUUUCCACAGUGAGCACCUUCGCCGAGUCUACCGCCGGAGUUGCAGAUGGUGCCAAGACCGGCUUGGCGUCGCUGGUGACGGGCAGCUGCUUCUUGCUGGCCAUCCCUUUCUCCCCGAUCGUGUCGGCUGUUCCCCCGCUGGCCUCCGGCCCGAUUUUGUGCCUCCUGGGCGCCAUGAUGUGCAGUUCCGUGAAGGGCGUUGACUGGGAUGACUUCCAGGAAGCCUUGCCAGCUUUCGUGGCUAUGAUCACCAUGCCUUUCACCUUCAGCAUCGGCUACGGCAUUAUUGCCGGCUUGGCUUUGUGGAUCGCCAUUCAGCUCUUGCUUGCUCCCCUGAGGCUCUACCGCAAGGAGAGUCCCCUGGUGCGGUGCAAGAUGCUGUGGGCCGGCGCCUUCAUUGAGGGAACUGACGAAGAGCAGGAUGGCAAGAAGACACCCAGCACCAUCACCCCCAUGCAGUCGGAGGGCCAGUUCGUUAGCGAGAGUACCGUCUGA